AUGGGCCCAAAGAAAUAUACCAAGUUUCAAGAGAACAAGACAUUAAAGCCUAUGGCAAAUGUCUCUAUUAAAUUUGAGAAAAAAAUAGAUCCAGAUGGUGAUGAGAUAUAUGAUACAACUGGGCAAUCAAAAUUUGUCCUUAAGAACCUCAGACACUACACAGUCCAUCCAAAUAUGGCCAAAUACUAUGAGCCUUUGAAGCCCACUAAGCUGCAAAGAUUCCUGACUCAAAGGAAGAAAACCAACAGUUUCAUGGUAAAAGUUACAGAGUACGAUCAGGACAUGACCUUACUGAUCAUGACCAACAACCCACCUCCCUGCUCUGUCAGCCAGCAGGAAAAUGAUGGAGCGCCAAAAUACUUUCCCCCGGAGUUUCAGUUCAAGGAAACUCACCAUCAGCAGAAACUCACCAAGGACUUCUGCUUCCCCACGAUGCCUCAGAAAAAGAAGUUAAGACCAGAUCUGAAGCCAAUCUUCUCUAUGAAACGGAUGGGCGAGCCUGCCUCCCAGGGACAACAGUGGUUUAGGUUUUCCACUGACAAUGAUUUCAAGACUGAAGGAAAGUAUUCUGAAAUUUAUGCUUUGAGGAGACAGAAGAAAAUGUAUCCUGAUCUCAUCUUUGCUCCAGCCUCCCAAAGAGAAGUGAAGAAAGACGUUUCGAAGAAGUCAGAGGGUGAGCCACCAACUUCGCAAGUCCUUUGGGAACCACUGACAUUUUCAAAGCUCCUGGAAGAGAAGCCCACCAGAUGUGUGCCAGGGGAAAGCGUCUUUCGCUAUGGAAGAGCCCAGCAGUGGGUUAUCAAAAAUGCCGCUGUCAUUUAG